UCUAUUUUUCAUGGCGCAUCAUAGUCGACCGAGCACAGCUUAUAAACAGAUAAUAAAUGAAAACAAUAUAAAACACGAUAUAUUAUUUCGCAUUUAUUUUAAUUUGUGAGUUUUGUGUUUAUGCGUAUUUACAUUUAUUUUAUUGCGCUGUAGGCUCGCGGGUGUUUUCUUUAGCGGAUUAGCACUGUGCAGGGAGCAGCAGGCCGCAGGGAAUAUGUAACACAUCUUAUCUAACCAUGACAACCAAGUUCAGCAAAACAUACACACGGAAGGGCGGUGAGGCGAACUCCAAGUUCGAGGAGGUGUUCGGUAACAGGAAAGCCACGCUCAGCACUAAAUGGGGAGAGACGACAUAUAAAGCCCAGCUUGGCUCCAGACGCCCUGCUCAUACAUCCACCGUACCCGACACGUCCUCGCUGCACAAAAAGCCCCGUCUGGAGCAUGACGAUGAGGAAGAUGACCCAUUUGGCUUCGACAGUGAUGAAGAGGAGCAGAGCAAGACUUCCCGAGGGUCCGAGGCAGAACAGAGUGGACAGAACGCGAAGAUUGGAGCCAACUCAGCCACACCCACUCAGAGCCCCUCUCCCACCAUUGCUGGAUUUAAACCCAUGGCACAUGGGACUAAUUUUAAACCCACCCAUAGAGACUCAACUGCUUUUAUAGAUCAUUUAAGGGAAAGUUCUCCAUCCGAGCCCACAGAGGACAUUGGAUCUGUACAAAGCAGCACUGCGUCAGGCGAUUGUAAACCUGCCGAACAGGAAGUAGGAGCUUCUGAGCCAGUGGAGAGGCCUGUCGAUUUCGAGCAGCUGCCUCUGAUUAAACCGGCGCGAGACCGCGUUUAUCGAAGAGCCAGUAAGAAAGGAGAACAGGAGAACUUGCAAAAUUCCCAGCUUUCGGCAGAAAACAGCAGCAUUAAGCCUGUUUUCAGCACCAUCUCAUCGAGCGUGUCUACGUCUGGGGGGUCAGAGAUGAAAGGUCGUGGACGUUUCAGAGAUUAUACACUGCUGCACCCAUCGUGUGUGUCAGUGUGUAAUGUGACCAUACAGGACUCCAUGGAUCGCAGUGUGGAAGAAUGUGUAAGCACCGCCCCGGCCGAUCUCGGGGAUGCUGGAAUGUUCCGGAAAAAAACAGAAGCACAACCUCCAAAGUACAGCAGGCAUCGUCCCACAAAGUCUAAGCUGGAGUGCAAGCUGGAGUUUUUCGGCUUCGAGGACGGACCGUGUGAAGACGGAGAUGCCGAACCUGGCACCAGCUACAAGAUCAAAUACUUUGGCUUUGACGAGCUGAGCGAAAGCGACAGUGAGGAUGAGGAUGACCGACCCGGGAAGAAGAAAAAGAAAAAAGACGCUGCAGAAAUCGGGAUGAUGACGUCGGACAGUCCUGAGAUCUCAGAUGCUCAGAAUCUUACACACACAGAUCCUCAGGAGUGGCAGGAUGAGACGAACUCUGUCGGCCCAGACUCGCAGAGAGAACGAGCAGAAAAACACACUGACAAACUCAUCAGUCGCAAAAUCUUCAAAAAGAUUUCUACUAAAGCUGUGUACAACGCUCGUCACUGGAAUGAGCCUGAACCAGAGGAAACUUCACUCCCCUCACACAGUGACGUCACACCUAAGUCGAGUUUGUCAAACGUAAGCAAGGACAUGAAUUCUCCAAAAGACGACGACGUGUUUAAAGCCCCUCCACCUCCCCCUAAAGUCACUAAAUCUGUGACCCCACCCACUGAGCCCAGCCCACACACUACUACUGCAGAACAAAAGGAGUUGUACACAGUUGUCCAGCACGUGAAGCACUUUAACGACGUUGUGGAAUUCGGAGAGAAUCAAGAAUUUACAGAUGACUUUGAGUAUCUGGAAACGGGACUGAAGAGCACACAGCCUCUACACACACGCUGCCUUAGUAUAAUCAGUUUAGCUACACGCUGUGCCAUGCCGAGUUUCCGCAUGCACUUAAGAGCACGAGGAAAAGUGGCUCAGGUUUUCAACAUGCUGAGUGAUGCACCACAACAUCCGAACCUGGCGUUGUGCACAGCAGCUCUGCUGUACAUCCUCAGUCGUGACCGGCUCAACAUGGACCUGGAUCGUGCCUGUCUGGAGCUGAUGAUCCGUCUUUUGGAGCUGGAACAGGACGAGGAGGAGGAUCAUCAAAGCAAAGUCAAGGAGAAAAUACAGAAACUGUGUGAAACUGUACACAACAAACACCUGGAUCUAGACAACAUCACUACGGGUCAUCUGGCGAUGGAGACUCUUCUGUCUCUGACAUCUAAGAGAGCAGGAGACUGGUUUAAAGAAGAGCUCCGCUUACUGGGAGGACUGGACCACAUUAUAGAUAAAGUGAAAGAGUGUGUGGAAAACCUAGAUACAGAUGAUGAGAAUGAGAACCUGGUGGCCUCGCUAUGGGGAGCAGAGCGCUGUUUACGUGUUCUAGAGAGUGUAACAGUUCAUAAUCCAGAGAAUCAGUCCUACCUGAUUGCCUACAAAGACUCACAACUGAUCAUUUCCUCAGCCAGGGCCCUGGGGCAUUGCGAGUCCAUGAUUCAGCUCUUCUGCCGUGAUGGCUUUAACUCUGGUGCAGACUCCACUCACAGUAACCAUAGCAACGUGGGAAAAGCAGUGGAGGACUGUUUGAGGGCAGUGCUAGGCGUGAUGCUGAACCUCACACAUGAUAAUGAGUGGGGCAGCACGAAGAUGGGCGAGCAGGACGAAUUAAUCAUGACUGUCCUGAACUGUGUCCUUAAAGUUCCUCAGUUUCUCCCACAGGAGCAGAGAUUUGACAUCCGUGUGCUCGGUUUGGGUCUGCUAAUAAACCUGGUGGAGUACAGCUCCAGAAACAGACACUGUCUGGUGGAACUGAAAGUGAAUUUAAGCGGUUUGCCAGAAACGGAGAAAGAUGUGAAGGUAGACGAAGAGAAGGAGGUGAAAAAAGAAGAGGAUGGGAUGGAAGAGAAGAAGGAGAAGAGACUUGAAACUUUAAGUGCUCUCGCUGCACUGGUGCAGCUCUUCCUGGAGCGCGAGCGAGCAGCUGUGCAAGCCGAGGCGCAGGCCGAUGACAUCAUCAGCGAGGCCCCGAAGUCUCAGGCGGAUGAGAGCGGACAGUGGCAGGUGACCAGUGGAGAGAUGCAGUGGGUCGCCUCAGAAGAGAACACUGACGACAAGAAGGACAAGGAGAAAGAGGAAGAGGAGGAAGAGCUUGAUUUUAAUAAAGUUCUGCAGCAUGCUGGGAAACACAUGGAGGACAGUAUAGUGGCAUCAUACACUGCCCUUCUGCUGGGAUGUGUGUGUCAGGACAGUCCGGUAAAUGUGAAUGCUGUGAGAGAGAGCCUGCCUAAAGGAGAUUUCUCUAUCAUGACUGAGAUGCUGAAGAAGUUCCUCAACUUCAUGAACCUGACGUGCGCAGUCGGAACCACGGGACAAAAAUCCAUCUCCCGAGUCAUCGACUACCUGGAGCAUUGUUAGCGCCGGAUUUCAGAGGAGCUGGCAACCCAAGAGUUUGUAAACAUCAGUAUGGCGACACCCUUACGACACACAGACAUGCAUUCUGUUUUUCUCAUACUGCUGACACACACCCACACACACUUGAGCAAAUAUGAACUCUUACUUUUUGUUUAAUUUAAAUUACACAGUUUAUUUCAAUUAUGAACUAAUGAUGUCUAAAUAAUAAACAUUAAUUUGGAAAAUGUAAAAUGAUCUUGAUUUUAAAUCUUAAUCUUAUUAUUAUUUUUUCUUUCAAAAAUGAAUUUAAAAGAUGGAAUAAACUUUAAGUAUAUAUAGAGUCAUUUAAAUGGAGCUUAAGUUAAUUACACAGGGUUUUUGGACUAUGAGAAUAAAAUACAAAUACAUUUUUUUUAAGUCAUUUUAAAUGAGUUCUUCAGUGGCGAAGGAGGAUAAACAUGCACAAAUAAAAUGUUUAAAUCUAAAGUUUAUGGUUCAAAUAGCAGCUGCCACCAUCGCCACCAUCAAUUGAUUUGCAAAAGAUUGCUCCUCACUCCCCGCUGGCCAGCGUUUGCAUUAUAUUUUUGUUCUCUCUACUCAUGUACACCUGCAUAUUUACACUUCCCGAUACAGCAGGUGGCAGUUUGCACCUACUUGGUUUGUGAGCCACCAUUAAAUACCAGACAAGAAGAGAACACGGAAGAUCGUUUUUGUGCCAUGCCUAAUAUUGAUAUUUUAGGAAAAAUUUUAACUGCGACGCUCUCGUGAGAUUUUCUUACUUUAUCAACUAUGGCUGUGUAGAUCAGAGGAUAAGAUUAACGCGUGCUACACGCACAUGAAAAUUUUGGGGACAGCAUUGAUGAUGUUGCAUUUAAACAGCGAUCUAUUUAUGUGCUCAGGUACGAUUGGAUUUUUUAUCUGAUUCGAUCUGUGCCCGAUUAUUCUGUACUGUCCUCGAGACCAAUUUUUCAGGUUGGCCCGGGCAUGGUUCCCGAGUUUGGAACACUUGUGUUCGCACUGACCGAAAUGAACCAGGCCCUGACCCUAACUUACCCUUUGGGGGUGUAUUCUCGCAAACAAUUAACAAACAAGUGUCCUAAUGUGAAAACAUUCUUAAUUAAAUAAGGUAACUUAUUUAAACGAAUACAUAUUUUUUGUCUGCAAUUUUUAUUUUCAAUUGCAGAAUUAAGGAAUUAAAUGAUAGUCGUAUAAUUUUGAAUUCUUUGUUAUUCCACCUGCAGCUCAUUCUUAUUUUUAGUUUGCAAUGAAUCUUGUAAAAAUUGUUUUCAUGAUAGAAUUUCACAGUUAUUACUUGAUUUCUUGAUUUAAUCUGACUGGAAUGAAACAAUUCCACCCUUAAAUUAUUUUUUUUCUUUAAAAAUCAUUGGUUUAAACUCUGUUAUGAAUCAGGAUUUCAACUUAAAGCAGUAAUAUGUAAUGUUCAACGUGGAGGUACAAUAGCAGGAGUCGACAUAUGGGUCAUUUCUGCCUGAAGCCUGGCGGCCAUAUUGGUAAAGUCAAAGCAAAUAAGCUUCAAUGUACAAAUCAGAAAUUAGAAAAUUUUUAUUUAUUAGUAAUGUCGUAAAUCAAUUAAAUAAUAAAACACACAUGCCGUGAAGUGAAAGUGUAGACAAAUAUUUACUGCUCCUAGAGAUGAGGGGGAAAUAAAAUCAGUUAUGGAUUGCUAUUCUUUCGAUUGUUGGUUCCUGUAUCGCCACAUUGACUCCAAUAUAGAUUUUUAAAUGAUUUAUUUUACGUUUAUAAUAGAGAUGCACCGCUUGAUCAGCUAGUGACCAGAAUUGGCUGGAUUUUCAGCUUGAUCACCCAUGACUGAUCACUGACUGACUUGAUUCUGUGCCAAGUGCACGAGGUUCUGAGUGGUGCAACAGAAAUGCCUUUUUAUGGCUUUAUAUUAUCAAAAGUUGUGUAUGUUAAGCCUCUGAUCUGCUCUUUUCUCCAAACUCUGAGGAAGUUGCGAAACCUACUUACACUUACACCAAAAAAAACAC